GCUUCCGUUGGGCUGACAGCCCUUCCUUUCUGCAGGAGGAGCAGCUGGAGCGGGAGCCAUGUUGCUGUGCUCUCUGGCUCUCUCCCUCAUCCUGCUGGCGGUCUCUGGCAUCGAGUGCGAUGUGAAGGAAGUUUGUGCUGCAAGCCCAGGCAUUCCUGGUGCUCCGGGAUCCCACGGCCUACCAGGCAGAGAUGGGAGAGAUGGUGUCAAAGGAGACCCUGGACCUCCAGGCCCCAUGGGCCCCCCUGGAGGAAUGCCAGGCCUCCCUGGGCGUGAUGGACUGACUGGAGCCCCUGGCAUCGCUGGUGAGCGUGGAGAUAAGGGAGAACCUGGCGAGAGGGGCCCUCCAGGUGAGCAGGGUCAGCAGGUGGACAGUGGCAACACAAGCACAGCGCCCAUGCAACUGUUACGUGAUGGAUGGUUGGGAUCAGACAAAACAAUGGAGGUCCCAAAGGGCAUAUUGCUCAACCUAAAUAGACCUCUGCUCUCAGUUCUCAGUUUGCAGGGGUCCAUGCUGGCAGUGGGAGAGAAGGUCUUCUCCACCAAUGGGAAGUCGGUCAAUUUUGAUGCCAUUAGAGAGUCAUGUGCCAGAGCAGGAGGCCACAUCGCUGUCCCAAGGACUCCAGAGGAGAAUGAGGCCAUUGCAAGCAUUGUGAAGAAGCACAACACUUAUACCUACCUGGGCCUGGCCGAGGGCUCCACCCCAGGAGACUUCUACUACCUGGAUGGGGCCCCUGUGAAUUACACCAACUGGUACCCAGGGGAGCCGGGGGGUCAGGGUAAAGAUAAAUGUGUGGAGAUGUACACAGAUGGGAAGUGGAAUGACAAGAACUGUCAGCAGUACCGGCUGGCCAUCUGUGAGUUUUGAACAGGCACCAAGGCCACAGGGUAGAUAUGGUCCUGCCUUGCCUUUCAGCCUCCAUCCUGCGGAUCCACCUGAGCUAUGAAAUACAAUAAUGCUUUCCACCAAUUUUAUUUGUGGCUAUUCCAGUUGGAGGCAUUCUUAGCCACUCCACCACCAAAGGGGCCCUGACUCCUUUGCAUGAUUACUAAUUCAUCUGACCCGCCCCCUGGAGCCCCUUCUCUGCAUUACACCCUAGGCAGCCAAUUCUAACUGCCCUUUGACAAGACAUGAAGACUUCUUUCUUCCUCUUAUUGUCCACUUCAUUUAUAGAUGGCAACAGUGAAGUUCUGGAAUUGAAGGUCCCUACAUAAUCACACAGAGGGGGCCUGUUUCCAAGACCCCUCUACUCUUUCUCUGCAACCCAAUGCCUGCCCAAUCUCAUCAAGGUAUAGCAGUUCUGGCCAAGCAUAAUGAUAGAAACAGGUGGACUUCUGGGAAAUUCCAAAUGUAUGAAGCCAAGGGCGCAUUUGUGAUUAUCUGGCAACCUGGGGCCUCUGGGGACACAUCUGGACAUUCUCCCCAUGAGAUCAGAAGUCCAGCUGGUCCCCAACCUAGAGGCCAACCCAACUACAAUGAUUGGCAUGUAUUAUUCACUUCCUUGAGUUCUGGGCUGCCAAAUAGCUCCCUGACCUAAAAGUAGCUAGCCUGUUCCUCUAGGGACGAUCUCACCAACCAGCCCAGAUAUAACUCAAGUAACUUCCUGCUGAUGGACACAUCCCCAUACCACUUCAGAUCUCAGUAAAGUGUUCCCACCACUGACUAUUUAUCGAGCACAUGCUCUGUACCAGGCACCUUGACAAGCACUUCUAAUACGUCUUAUACAAUAUGAUUUAAUCUUUACACAAUGCCAAGGGACUAUCAUUACUUUCCCUGGUUUUCAUAUGAGAACAUUGAAACUUAGAGAAGGUAAAUGCUCGACUUUUAUUAUACAGAGCAAGUGGCAGAGACUGGAUUCAAACCCAUCUACCUGAACCUGAAGCUCAUGCUCAUAACCACCCUACCCUCUCACUGAACAGAGAUGAUUUAAGGGUAAUAAAUCAUGCACGUGUUAACAUUAGUUUCCAUUGCUUUGGUUUCAAGAAACAUCACAUUUCUGUAAUUGUAUGGAUCUGUUGGACCCUAGCUCAGAGCUCCCACUUACUUAAAAAAAGGAAAAUUCAAUCUCAGA